AUGGCUGCGGACGGACCGAAACCCGGCUUCCUGGGAAACAUCAACCAGGAUCAGGAAGCCAAGCUACAGAAACUAUGGUCGGUGCUGCUAAAGGCCGCCGAGGCGCCGUCGGGCGACGAGCCGUCUAACGGCUCAGUUCAAGAGCCCACCAGCCCAACCCAGCCGCAACGACGACACUCCUUGCUCGGUCGCACCCAGAGCAAUGUCUCCGAGAAGACCACAGCCAGCGUGGCGAGGUCUCCCUACCAGCAAAAGGUCAUGGCUUACCUCAAAGAGAUCGGCAUCGGCGCACAUGAGACCAAAAUGGUCCAGAAGGCACUCUCGGAGAUUGCCCCACUGGAGCUGCGUAACGGCGUCUUGAACUUGCUGAAGCAUGACAACCCUGACGCGAUGCUGCUCCGAUUCCUACGCGCCCGCAAGUGGGACCUUCCAAAGGCUUUUGCCAUGAUGAUGGAAGCCAUCGUCUGGCGGGUCAAGGAGAUGCAUGUGGAUGACGACGUCAUGGCCAAGGGCGAAUUGCAUGCGCUGCAGCAAGAGCGAAAUACUGCGAACGUGGUCGACAAGAAGGCGGGCAAAGACUUUUUGGCCCAGAUGCGCAUGGGCAAAGCUUACGUGCAUGGAACGGACAAGCUUGGUCGACCGAUUGUGGUGAUCAAAGUUCGCUUGCACAAGCCCGGCGCGCAGAGUGAAGAGACUUUGGAGAGAUACAUUGUGCAUGUCAUUGAGUCUGUUCGACUGACUCUGUUCCCCCCGGUCGAGACGGCCUGUGUUGUAUUUGACAUGACAGGGUUCGGGCUCUCCAAUAUGGAAUAUCCGCCCGUCAAGUUCAUCCUGAAGUGCUUCGAAGCCAACUAUCCCGAAUCACUGGGUGUACUGCUCAUCCACAAUGCUCCAUGGGUGUUCUCAGGAAUUUGGAGAAUUAUUCGAGGAUGGAUGGACCCUGACAUUGCAGCCAAGGUGAAUUUCACAAAUAACACGAACGAUCUUGCAAAAUUUAUUGCCGGUGAUCAGCUUGUCGAGGAGCUUGGUGGAACUGAAAAGUGGAAGUACGAAUAUAUCGAGCCCAAGGAGAAUGAGAACCAGAAGAUGGAGGAUACCACCACCAGAGAUGCACUCACCCGUGAGCGUCAACAAAUUGGCGAAGAGUUCCUCACAUCUACUUCGGAGUGGAUUGAAGCAGCCAAGUCAAAAGACAAAACCAAGAUCCAAGCUGCAGAGAGUCAACGAGCAUACCUGGCAGAGCGAUUGAGAGUCAAUCACUGGAAGCUUGACCCCUAUACCCGAGCUCGCCUGUGCCUGGACAGAGAGCGCGUCAUCCAAGAGGGAGGGCAGAUUGAUUUCUAUCCCAAGGAAGAGGAGAUCGUCGAGACGAAGCCCGUGGAAGUCAAAAAGACAUCAGAGGUCGAGCACCUGGAAAGUGUGAAUGGUAGCGCGACACGGGCAACUGUGGCAUAG